GUUAAGAAGGGCGACGGGUGGAGGAAGGAGGGAAAUGGAGGAGAUCUGAAAAUCCAUUGUUCGAUGAACUACCGUUUCCGAUCAGAUCGAAUCCUUUUUCUCCUGCAAAAACAGCGUUAAAUCCUGUACAAUUCUAAACGAUUACGUUUUUCUGGCUCUUAAUCCCUAGCCGGAUGGAUCAUCAAUGAUCUUAUAAUCUAUUGCUAUAUCUUUUCAUUUUUUUUUGUAUUUCAUCUGAAAUGAUCUUAAAAAACCGUCGCUAUGCGUAUUUGAAUUUUCGUUUUGCAUCGGCGAUUUGUUAGUGUUCUGUAUAAUUUUGUGAAAAUUGCUGAAUUGGAGGAGUUUCGAAGGUUUGCGUGAUUCUCAAUGGCGUCGGCACACGCGAAGAAGCAGGAGCAGUUGAAAGCUGGAAAACGGAUGCUGGAGGAGUUUCGGAAGAAGAAAACAGCAGCUAGUCAGGGCAAGAAGGCUUCAUCCAAGACUGCAUCUAAGAAUGGAUUAAAUAAUACAAAUGUUGAUUUGCAUGAGACACAACCUUUAGUGAAUGGUCAAUUUAGUUAUAGGAAUUCUGAUGAACCUGGUACAUCUGGCAGAGUUGAUGAUCCUAUUACUGAACUAAAUGAUGACAAAACAUCUGUAAAUUUGCAUAACAUUAGGCUACUUUCUGGUGAUGUCUUAGCAUCUAUGAAUGAUCAAGGUUCUAAGAGGGAUAAUUCAUUAUUAACUUCUGGAACAACUAAGGAUGAUGAUGAACAAAUAAGAGAGGUGAAAAACGAGAAUGGUAAUUCUGGAAUAGGUUCAGGAAGAAAACUUUACGACACAUCUAGUGAUAGCUUGAUUACUUCUAAUCCUUUAGGGCUUAAAGAUAUUGAUGGAAGAUCUAAUGCAUCAACUUUUUAUGGGUUGGAGGAAACCCAUGUGAAAGAAAAUGAUGAUUAUAUGAAGGAUUUCUCGGGAAUCAACACAGCCACCUCAUAUGGGAAUACCGUGUCUUCUCUGCAAAAUAAGGUUGACCACUCCAGGCCAUCGAGCAUAGACAAGGGCAGGAUCCCUGCUCCCUCAUUCUAUAGAGAGCCUAAUCCUACAAAUGGAAUUGAUAAAAAGAAUCACCUGGUUUCUAAUGGUGAAAUAUCUGCAGAUAUGGGAAAGAAAGAUUUGACUAGAUCUGCUGCACAGAGUUAUGGUUUUGAAUCUGAUAAGAGGAGUGAGUUUAGCCAAGUUUCCCUAGCACAAGAAACAAACCCGAGAAGAUCUCGCCCAUCUUUCCUGGAUUCCAUUAGCAUACAAAGGGCUUCUUCUACUCCCCAAUCAUAUCCUGAGCAGACGAAGACUGACCCUUACUCUGUGAAUGUUAGAAAUAAGGAUAGUUUAGGAUUCUCUUCUCCCAAUAGGUCUUUUGCAGAUGCGAUUCAGCCUGCAUUGAUGUUGUCAUCAGAUGUAGCAAUUGGAUUGGACCAUCAUACAAACUCAUCAUUGUAUACUCUUAACGGAGAUAAAAUGCCUAGAUUGAAUGAAGACAGGAUGGAGAACAAAGGUGGUUAUUAUUCACAUAAGCAGGACGAAGAUUUUGCAGCUUUAGAACAGCAUAUUGAAGACCUUACACAGGAGAAAUUCUCAUUGCAGAGGGCCCUUGAGUCUUCGCGUGCUCUAGCUGAAUCCUUAGCCUCUGAAAAUUCUGCUUUGACAGAUAGUUACAAUCAGCAGGGAAGUCUUGUCAACCAGCUAAAAGGUGAUAUGGGAAGGCUACAGGAGGAAAUUAAGGACCUUCUGGGGAAAGUAGAUUCUUUAAAGAUGGAAUAUGCAAAUGCUCAUCUAGAAUGUAAUGCAGCUGACGAACGUGCAAAACUGUUAGCAUCUGAAGUAAUCAGCCUGGAAGAAAAGGUAUUGAGGCUGCGAUCCAAUGAGCUGAAACUGGGGAGGCAAUUGGAGAAAUCUGCAGCUGAACAUUCAUCACAAAAAAAGAAGUUGUCAAGCUUUGAGAAGGAGCGCCAAGAUUUGCAAUCGACUAUAGAUGCUUUACUAGAAGAGAAAAAGCUCUUACAAUCGAAAUUAUUGAAAGCUUCUAAAAAUGAUAAGUUUGCUGAUGUUGGAAAAAGUGCUGGUAAGAGGAGAGAUAUGUCGACUACAACAGAAGAUUUAGACGAUGUGGAUAUUUCAGCAGAAGCUCUAAACCGAGGAACAACUGUUGCCACAUAUCCGGGAAUUGAUGUCUCAUUGAAUCCAGAAAAUGCACAAUUUAAUGCUCAACUCCCAUAUGAUCAAUUGAGAACGGUUGACAACAUUAAAACGUUAUUGUCUGAGUUGGCAUUGGAGAAAGAAGAACUAUUGCGAUCUUUAUUAGCUGAAUCUUCGCAGAAUUCAAAGUUUAAGGAAUUGAACAAGGAAUUAUCACGAAAACUAGAAUCUCAGACUCAAAGAUUAGAACUGUUGACUGCUCAAAAUAUGGCUAAUGUAAAUGCUAUUGCGAGAAAACCGGAAUCGUACAGUAAUACUAAUGAGAAUACUGCUUAUGCUGAUGAAGGUGACGAGGUUGUGGAACGGGUAUUAGGAUGGAUAAUGAAGCUAUUCCCAGGUGGGCCGUCGAGACGAAGGAGAUGAUAGUAAAACAAAACUUUGUAAUAAUUUUCAUCUGGAUUCUUUUUUUGAUUUUAUAAUCACUGUCAAAUAUCACAUGUAUUAUUAUUAUCAAAAGAAGAAGUUUGCACAUAGAUAGAUUGAGACAUCAUGAUUGUAAGAUAUCUUAUCUUUGUUUACAGUACUAGUACACUAGUGAUUUGAGAUGUUUUUAGAAUUCUAAUUUCCUUUGUCUUUUAUGACCAUUAUACCCUUCAGUGUUUUUUUUGUUUU